AGUGAGCUAGACACAGUGAGAGACUCGGCAGGGCUGCUGCACAUUCAAAAUAGUGGGAGAGGGAGGGAAGAGAGAGAGAGAGAGAGAGAGAGAGAGAGAAGGAGAGUCAGGGACAGGCAGUGCUGAAAAGGAGAGCACAAAGAGAAGGAAAGUGGAGCAGGGGAGGGGAACAGGAGGCUGGGUGAAGGGAGAGGGAAAGACAAAAGAAGGAGAGGGGAGACAUAGCAGGGUGAACGGAGGGGACUGAGCAAAUGGCUACGGAGGAGACGGCGGGGGGAGCCAGGAAAGCCACCAAGAGCAAACUGUUUGAGUUCCUGGUCCAUGGAGUGCGUCCUGGCAUGCCGUCUGGAGCGAGGAUGCCCCACCAGGGAGCUCCCAUGGGCCCCCCCGGUCCACCGUACGGCGGGAGCCCGGCGGUGCGGCCCGGCCUGCCCUCCCCGGUGAUGGAGCCCAGUCGUAAGAGGCCUGCCCCCUCCCAGCAGGUCCAGCAGCAGCAGCAGCAACAGCAGCAGCAGCAGCAGCAGGCCGUCCAGAACCGGGCCAGAAAGAAGCCAGUCGGAUUCCCCGGAGCCAAUGAGAUGCCGGCGAGGCAGAUGGACAUGAGAGAGCCCCAAUCAGAUCCCACGCUCGGAUCAAAUGCUAAGAGAAGGAAAAUGGCAGACAAGAUUCUUCCGCAAAGGAUCCGUGAGCUGGUCCCAGAGUCUCAGGCCUACAUGGAUCUGCUGGCGUUUGAGCGCAAACUGGACCAGACCAUCAUGCGCAAACGUGUGGACAUCCAGGAAGCACUGAAGAGACCAAUGAAGCAGCAAAAGCGUAAACUGAGACUUUACAUAUCCAACACCUUCAACCCUGCCAGACCUGACGCCGAUGACUCUGACGGCAGCAUUGCAUCAUGGGAGCUGCGAGUAGAGGGGAAGUUGCUGGAUGAUCCGGGGAAGCAGAAGAAGAAGUUCUCUUCGUUUUUUAAGAGCCUGGUGAUCGAGCUGGACAAAGACCUUUAUGGUCCUGACAACCACCUGGUUGAGUGGCACCGCACGGCCACCACCCAGGAAACGGACGGCUUCCAGGUGAAGAGGCCGGGAGACGUGAGCGUGCGUUGUACUCUGCUGCUGAUGCUGGACUACCAGCCUCCCCAGUUUAAGCUGGACCCUCGCUUGGCUCGCCUGCUUGGCAUUCACACUCAGACUCGCUCCUGCAUCAUCCAGGCCCUCUGGCAGUACGUCAAGACCAACAAGCUGCAGGACUCCCAUGACAAGGAGUACAUCAACUGUGACAAGUACUUCCAACAGAUUUUUGACUGCCCUCGGCUGAAGUUUUCUGAGAUCCCUCAGCGCCUCACCAACCUCCUCCUGCCCCCCGACCCCAUCGUCAUCAACCACGUUAUAAGCGUGGACCCCAACGACCAGAAGAAGACGGCCUGCUACGACAUCGACGUGGAGGUGGAAGACCCCCUGAAGAGCCAGAUGAGCAGCUUCCUCCUCUCCACCGCCAACCAACAGGAAAUCGCUACACUCGACAACAAGAUUCACGAGACCAUUGAGUCCAUCAACCAGCUGAAGAUCCAGAGGGACUUCAUGCUCAGUUUCUCCAGAGAUCCCAAGGGCUACAUCCAGGACUGGCUCAAAUCCCAGAGCCGAGACCUUAAGUUAAUGACAGACGUGGUUGGGAACCCUGAGGAGGAGAGGAGGGCGGCGUUUUACCACGAGCCCUGGUCCCAGGAAGCCGUCAGCCGCUAUUUCUACUGCAAGAUCCAGCAGAGGAGACAGGAGCUGGAACAGGCCUUAGCUGUCCGCAACACUUAAGAAAAGGCCCUCCUGAAAUCUCUGCAAAAUAUUUCAGAGCCGAGUGUGUGUUUGGAUGUGUGUGUGCCUGGGUGUGUGUGUGUGUGUUUGUGUGCAUGUCGUUGCAGUCGAGUGAAAUCCUCAUACCUCUGAAAGUGUAACUAAAGAAAAGCAACCUUGUUCCGAGAGAUGACACUGCAAUUUCAGAUGUUUUCCCAACGUUACGAUGGAAGAAUUCGAAAAAAAAUGAAAAUAUUAAAUCCUAAGAAAAAAAAAAAAAAAAAAGAGUAAGGAGGUUUUCACAAGACAGUAGCGAUGUGCACGUAUGGAAGCUAUAUGCGCCUUCUGCGUAUUUGUCCCCUUUUACGCAGGACUGCGAGGACAUCGUCGCCGACCGCAUGUAUUCAGCUCGCAUCGUGGACCCUCUAAGGUCAACCUCUCGGACCACAGGCGGCGUCAAGACUCACUGCCUGAUAAACCAAACGUCCCCCUCAUCUCUACUUUCUGCUCUGUACAUACGUCACUAGCAAGCAAGACAAACUCUCAACCGGCUGCUCUCACAUUUACAAACACUCAUCUCAAAGAGGGAGAUUAGCUACUGUGUCCGACUGAAACGUAUACGUCACGUAAACCCCCAGUCAAAGCCGCACAGUGCUCUGGAUGAGUCUUCAAAAUUUUUUUUCCAACUCUUUUUGAAACUGUUUUGUGAUUAUUUGUUUGGGAGUGUCUGCGUGUGCGUGUGCGUGUGUGUUUCUUUGUUCUCAUUAGGAGAGUGUUUUUGACAGUGUUCAAAUUGAUUAAUUACACCAGCAAAGUCGAGAUUAGUGUGACGCAUCGGGUCGCAGGGAAUCAUGCUGUCUAUAAACCAGUUUGUCUCAUUUUAGUCGGAUUCUCUUUGUUUCUUUUCCUACAUCAGUGUUAGGUAAAUUAACUGAAGUAUUAUCACAAAGACAUGAACAGCUCCGUGUCUGUUUAUAGUGAGAAUAGUGUUUUUUAUAAAUGAUGAAGGAGAGACAAAGUAUUGAUCAUCGUAAUAAUAGCUUUUCUUCCCUUAAUCAUAGCGAAGUGAUAAAUAUGCCUAUACAUGUUGGGACUUGACAGACUCGUCGACUGGUUUGUUUUGUCGCUCACUGCCUCUUCCUUGUGUAGUAUUUUUUGCCAGUUUAUGUCAUGAAGGUGUUACCAAAGGUUUGCAACGAGCAGAAGAGAACAUGAUCACUGAAAUAGAAAUGGGCAAAAGUCCUGACCUGGGUUCAAAAAGAAACCAGAUGGGUUUGGUCGUAACAAAUCUGAAAUAUUUGGGUCGUUUCAAAGGGAAUUCAUGCCCAAAUGUUUUCCUUUGUAGCCAAUUAAGCCUCAAGUUCUCUUAAACAAACCCUAAAACUGUUAUUGCAAUGAAUGCUUAAACCCAGGUCUGGAGAACUGUGUCCAUUUCUACACUUUUUAUGUUACAUGAAGAAGAAGAAGAAAAAAAAAGUUUUUUUUUCUUUUCUAGAGAUGUGAAUGUAAAUAUGUUUUGUCCCCUUAAGAGGGCCAACUGUACAGUAUACAACAGACUAUCUGUGUGUGUUUGUUUUGGGGUUUUAGGGGAGGGGGGGGGAUUGAGUUACAUGGUGCAGUAAGGGGAGCUCCAUGAGUUUUGAAUUAGUAGGGCAGGAAUGUUAGUGUUCCUCUGUGUACUAUCUUGGGUUGGGGUGGUUUAUUUUAGGUCCAUCCCGUAUCUAUCGUGGGAGCUAGAAGCUGCAACAAAGAAAGACCCCCCUCUCUUUUCAAUCUACAUGAAAUCUCAGUAGCUGUAACGCAUAAUAUAAUCUGCACCGAUCUCAUUUUACACUUUUUUUUUUUUUUUUUUAAAUGACACUUGACUUGUAUGUAUAUGUUGUAAUGUCAGAUGGAGGAUUUUUUUUUUCUUUCUCAGCAGUCAGUUUCUAGCUGGAACCUCGUCGGGUUUCUUUGCACUGUGCUGUAAUUCUUUGUCGGGACUCUCUUCGUCAUGGGGUGAGGCCCUCUUUUAUUAUCCCAGCAUACACAAACUGAUUGGACGAUUUCACGAUGACCUAUGCAUGCUCCAUGGACAUUAAUUAUUACAUCUGAUCAAACGGUAUGUGUAAAUAUAUAAAGCUGGCAUAGCAGCCUGUGUGACAAACGCAGGACUUGUCACAUUUGUUGAAAUGCCUUCUGGAACUUUUUUGCCAAAAAUGAUAAGCCCUACCAGCAACUAACUGUAGGUGUGAUUUUUCUGAACUGUGUUUUUGUUACUAGGACAGGACAGUAAGUUAUAAUAACUGCACUCAUUAGAGGAGAAACAGUAGUCAUUGGUAGUAUCUUAGUCCUGUGUCUGACCCGGAGUGAUCUUAUUUUUCUUUGUAUGGCCAGGGCAUUCAUGUUGUUAUGUCAUACAGUCACUGAUUCACUAGCACCCUCUUGCGGAGGAAACUAGAAGCUGCAGCUCCUGGGUGACCUCAGCUUGAGCACCACAGUAUCAGAAAAUAUCUGACAAAAUGUUAACAAACUGCUGUGUCUCCCUGUUAAAAACUUAAACCCUGGCAUACCGUCGACACGUUCGUCCCGCUCCUUGCAUGUGUUUUCUGAAGAGCGGGAAAACUGCUCUUUUCUUUCUGUUUACACUGUUGUCAGAGGGUCACCGACAGGAAGAUAAUAGUAUACAUGAUACUGUAUAUCUGUAAAGAGCAAGACUUGUUUGGUGAUUACGUUCUACAAAAAAAAAAAAAUGAGAGAGAGAGAGAGAGAAAAAAAAGGGAAAACAGCUGUGACAUUGUGAGACAGCCUGGAUGUAAAUAAAGAAGCGCUUGCCAAAGUUUGUAAAUGCCACGAUAUCUGAAGUGUCUUUUUUUCACCUUUAUGGCCACAUGUUCCCUCUGUACGUACACGAUGCGAUUAGAUUUUUUUGUGCUUUGCUGCAAAAAUUUGCAUAUUAAUGUUCAGUAUUAAGCUGAGCCUCUUAAAGCCACACACAGAGGGAAAUACUACUCAUUUGCGUCAAAAAUCCUACUUCAACUGAAUGUUAAAGAUUUGAUGUUUGAUUGAUGUUUUUUUUUUGGAAGAAACUGAAGUUAAUAUUCUUUUCAAUUGUUACAAAAUGAGAAAUGUGUCCUUCAAUGUCACUGGGAUGUAAAAUUUAUCACUGCCUCACAGUUAAAGCAUGGGAUUUUGAGUUUCUGCACUAAAAUGAGGCUUUAAGUUUAGUUUAGCAGUGCCAGAUUCUCAUUCUUGCAUUGUGUAGAAAUAUUAUCUAGGAAUCAGUCCCAGUAUACACAGUAUAUAUCAUGGGGAUUAACGCAGGCAGUUUAAGUGUCCCGUCUCCACUUUAAGGUAAUAUGAGAUACUUUUUGCAAAGUUUAUCAUAAUGACAAGAAACUAGAAAAGGGAGCAAAAUUCUUUGGGAUAAAUUUGCAUGACUUCAUAAAUAAAACAUGUAUGUACUGCUGCAGUGAACACUCAUUCAUAUUUGAUGAGUAAUUUUCCAAGGUGCAAGCUUUCUUUUCCAUAUGCCAAGUUUCACCUUUGGCCCCUGAGUGACUCCCUGUUUAUCAUAUAUUGUUGUGUUUAAGGGUAACAACAGCUUUUCUUUCUCUUUCACUUGUGUAUUUACUUAAUGAUGAAUCACUGAUGGAUAAACAGAGAUCACAGCGCUAAUGGAGGGGUCCUCCCCUGCUUCUUUAUCUUGUUUAAACUGUGUCUUUUUGACUUCACUGGGAUCUUGACAGUAUUACUGGAGAUUCAUGUUAACAGUAAAACAUUUACACUUUACUUUUGAGGUCUUUAUAUGCAGAAACAUUCUUUUUUUAUUAAUUUCAACAGAUUUGAAAUGUUAG